GCCUCGCCGCCCCUGGCCGCGCGCGCGCGCCCCCGUCCAAGCGCCCCGGCGUCAGCAGUGACUGAAGCCGUGGCCCGUCCCGUCCAGGACCCGCCGCGCUCGCUAUAUAUCGCGCGCGUGCUGCGCGGCGCAUGGUUUCAUGCCUCCUCGCGCCUCGUAGGACAAGAAGAGAGAGGGAGAGGGGGAUCGAAUCAGCCGCUGAUUUGACCUCGCAAUUCGAGCGCUGAAAGUGAAGCAUCGUCUGAUCAGCCACCGGCGGAUCGUUUGGAGCGAGCGAGCGGGCGGCCGCCGGAGGAGGAAUCAAUCAAGAAAGAAGGAGAUGAGCGGCGGCGGAGUGCCGGGGCCGGCGGCGCACUCGCAGGAGCUGCAGCUGCCGCCGGGGUUCCGGUUCCACCCGACGGACGAGGAGCUGGUGACGCACUACCUCUGCCGGCGGUGCGCCGGGCUGCCCAUCUCCGCGCCCAUCAUCGCCGAGAUCGACCUCUACAAGUUCGACCCCUGGCAGCUGCCAAGGAUGGCGCUGUACGGCGAGAAGGAGUGGUACUUCUUCUCCCCGCGCGACCGCAAGUACCCGAACGGGUCGCGGCCGAACCGCGCCGCCGGCACGGGGUACUGGAAGGCCACCGGCGCCGACAAGCCGGUGGGCACGCCCAGGCCCCUGGCCAUCAAGAAGGCGCUCGUCUUCUACGCCGGCAAGGCCCCCAAGGGCGACAAGACCAACUGGAUCAUGCACGAGUACCGCCUCGCCGACGUCGACCGCUCCGCCCGCAAGAAGAACCACAGCCUCAGGCUGGAUGAUUGGGUGCUGUGCCGAAUCUACAACAAGAAAGGCGCGGCGGCGGAGAAGCCGUCGUCCGGGUCCAGCGACGGGGUCGCCAUGGCCACGGGCUCGCCGCCGGAGCAGAAUCCGUCCGUGCUGCCGCCCCCCGCGGCCGGGGCCGGGUACGCGCCGCCGCCGUUCCCGGAGCUGGCGGCGUACUACGAGGUCCGGCCGUCGGACUCGACGCCCCGGGCGCACGGCGGCGCGGACUCGAGCGGCUCGGGGCACGCGCUGGCGGCCACGUCGUCGUGCGGCGGCGCCGAGCGGCCCGAGGUGCAGAGCCAGCCCCGGAUCGCGGCGUGGGAGCGCACGUUCUCCCGCGGCGCCGGCCCGGGCGUGAACCCGGCCGGCUCGAUGCUGGGCGGGCACCAGCAGCAGCUCGGCCCCGCGGCGGGCGGCGGCGGCGACCCGCUGCUCCAUGACAUCCUCACGUACUGGGGCAAGCCGUACUGAGGCAGGGGUCGUGGGUGGCUCGGCCGAGCUGCCGGCGAUGAGGCCAAGUGGAGCCCCGAUCGAGGGCGGACCGGCGGAGCAGGGAGGACUGCAUCAUCUAUAGAUACGAGAGUUUGAACUAAGCUGUGUAUAUGCGAUUGAUUUGGCGCUAGCUGGGAUUUUUGUGUACUUUUCAGUAGUGGUAUCACUGAUCAUAAUUUGGCUUAAUCUACACCUUGCAAUCA